AUGGGUAGCGACAGGGAACAUGCUGGGGCAUCAUCCCACGACGAUGUUGAAGAUCGUCCACCUCCUCUACCACCACGUCCGGCACUGCAAGCUGCUGACACUCAGCCGGCGACCUCCCUGACGCCCGAACGCCCGAAGCUAUCCUCGAAGCCAACAACAGCCGUAUCCGCAACCAACAUUGAAACCGUGUCGUUCCCAGAUGGUUCCCGGGGCACGUACACCAGUAGCGAGGGACAGGCCACAUCGGGGCAAGAGAAUGUCUCAAUACCAAGCGAGCUUGCUUUUACGAGGGGCACAAAUCCAGGAACCAGCGAUCGCGACGAAAGCAUGAGCGUCAUGAGCAUCGCUCCAACUCUACGACCAGCGGCAGAUCUCGAGAGUCUCUUAGUGGGCGAUACGAACAAGAGAAGUCCGGCCUGGCAGUUGUUGAGGUCGCAGUCAGCCACGGUACCCCCUUUCGACGCCGCGAGACUGGCAGAUGAUGCGCCGCUGUCGUCGUUUGAGAGGGAGUUCGAUGGCAUACCCGAUGAGUCGCAGAAGCAAUGGACCGACUCAGAUCGCUUGUCCAUCUGGAAAUCCAAGCUGAAACAUUACAUGAUCCUUUCGUCGGCUGGAAAACCAAUUUACAGUCGUCAUGGCGACUUGGCACUCAUCAACUCCUCUAUGGGCGUUGUUCAAACCAUCAUCUCAUUCUACGAGGGCGCAAAGGAUCCCCUGCUAGGCUUUUCCGCAGGUAAUACGCGCUUUGUCAUCGUCACAGAAGGCCCCCUGUACUUCGUGGCUGUCAGCAAGUUGGGCGAGAGCGACUCCCAACUGCGGUCUCAACUUAACGCUUUAUACAUGCAGAUUUUGUCGACUUUGACGUUGCCAACCCUACUUCACAUAUUCAAGAACCGGCCAUCGUCAGACCUGCGGAAACCUCUAGAGGGCACCGAGUCCAUGAUCUCGUCACUAGCUGAUAGCUUCACCAAAGGCUCUCCUUCCAUGCUUCUGGGAGCUCUUGAAUGCCUCAAAAUACGAAAAUCACAACGGUACGCCAUCAACAACGUGUUCUUGAAAGCAAAGGAAAGCAGUACCAGCCUGCUAUAUGGAUUAAUCGUGGCUGGCGGCAAACUCGUGAGUGUCAUCCGGCCACGGAAAUACUCGCUUCACCCAAGCGAUCUGCAACUCAUUUUCAAUAUGCUGUUCGAGUCAGGUGGCAUCAAAGCCGGAGGUGGCGAAAGCUGGAUACCUAUAUGUCUCCCGGCCUUCAAUAACAAAGGUUACCUCUAUAUGUAUGUCAGCUUCCUGGAUGGCUCGCCGCUAGAAACUAUGACUACCUCGGAAUCAGAGAACUCCUCUGAAGAUGAGAUUGCCAUCAUCCUUAUCAGCCCAGAUAAGGAGAGCUUCUUCGCAUUACAGCAUAUGAGGGAUACCGUUGUUAAAGAAUUGAAGAGGAAGGGCAGUCUUGACAUCAUUAAAACAGCAGCGAAGCAAGGCCGCCCCAAGAUUAUAGAUAUUGCUCCUAACACGCAAAUCAGCCACUUCUUGUUCAAGUCGAAAGCCAACGUGCAAUUUUUUAUGCCAUCGCUGGGGCCGCACUUCGAUGACGUAGUCUCGCAUCGGCGAUUAUUGUCACUAUACCACAGCUUGCACGCCACCGUCCAUGCUAAACACACACACCUCAAGGUCAUGCAUUGUGUGGGCGAGACUUCAACAUCUCUAGCAUGGCUUACACCGAUAUUCGAAUUCUAUUGUGUGGCUGGGCCCAACGCGUCCAGGCAGGCUUUGACAUUGGGAGCAAACAAGAUUAUACAAUGGGCGAAACGCGAAGAGGAACGUCUAUUCAUUAUCGGCGGAGGCGUGUUCUGA